CCCAAACUGUCCAUCCCAUCACAAAAAAAAAAUCCACUCGCCACCACCACCACAACGUCCUCGCUGUUCCUCGAGUCGACGAGCACUCCAUCGACAAUCGCAAAACUCGCGCUGUUGCAGCUGAGUUCAAGCAAGGCUUUCGUUAGUCUGGCUUCCGCUUUGUUUUCCACCUUUGGUUCUGAGGGUCGCUGGGCUCCGCAAUCGCCGCCCUGCCUUCUUCUUUUUUUUUUUUUUUUUUUUAAUUCUGACCCUCAGUCGUAUUGAUUGAUCAUUGUCUUGUCAAUCCCGCGGUUUAUUUUUAUUUUAUUCUUUACUUUAUUUUGCUUUGCUUUCUUUCUUUCCUCCCUCGUUCUGCUCCCAUCCCUCCUGGAACCGCAGGGCGGUCGACCAUUUGCCCUCGUCGGCGAACCGUAAAUCUAGUCAACGUGCCCAACAUUUUACCGGAUGAGCUUAUGAUCUGAAAAGCUCGGCAGACGAUCGAUAGCUCUGCGCCGCCUCCGCGACUAGGUUGGAAAACCCGACCAUCGACCUUGGUCCGCCCAACCAAGGUAUCAUCCGACUGACUUACCCAUCAUGGCUGCUGCUCCCCGUCGAAGGAGGCUCGCAGGCCAGCGUCGCCGUGUCGAGGACGAGGGCGAGGACGAUGUCGACAUCCUAGACGACGACUCCCUGACCGAAGGCUCUCUGGUCAGCGAUGAUCACGACGCCGCCAACGAUAGUGAUACUAGCAAUGUUGAUGACGCAUCGCCUACAGCGGACGGCCGCAAGACAGCGACAAAUGGGAUAACCCGGGCCGGACGUGGAAAAAAUUCUGAGGAUUCCAAAAAGGCCGUCAAGCCUGUCAUGACGGAUACCGAGAUAAUGCUGAACGGGCUGUCUCUCACAGAUUCGGCUGCUCCAGUUGAGGAAAUCAACUUUGAUGACCUCCACCAGGAGUCUCCCAUCAAGACUGCAGCGCCCAUCGUAGUCAGCUCUGCUUCGGCCUCGACUGUGAAGUUGACUCCCAACGCCAGCGUCGAAGCCCCCUUCGAGCGUCGUCGUCGCGAGCAUGAUGAAUACAGGAGAAAGAGGGAUGAGGAUCCUGCGUUCGUGCCCAACAGGGGCGCUUUCUUCAUGCACGAUCACAGAGGCGCGGGACCGUCUGCCAAUGGAUUUCGUCCGUUCAAUCGCGGAGGCGGGCGUGGUGGUCGUGGUCGAGGUGGAUUCGCCGGUCAUCUCGCUUUUGCUCCUCAUGCACACAUCAACAAUACGGCCGACCCCACGACAAGCGCACCAUGGUCCCACGACAUGCACGAGACGGUCGUCAAGGAGAACUUGCCCAUGCAAAGCCCGAGGCACAUGCAGUACGUUGCGCACAAUGAGGGGCCCGCAAACGGCAAUGGCGUCAUUCCUCGUCGCUUGGCUAGUACCGAACCGAUCAACCGCACUCUCUCGACCGAGAAGCAUAUCGGAAACGCCCAGGUCCGCGUAUUCUUCCCACCUCUGAAGCAACCUACCAUCAUCACGGGCCUGGCAGUGAAGCAGUACACAAAACUUCCCGAUCAUCGGCCUCCCCUCCGUCGUGACAAACCGGUUCGGAUAUCCCUCCCCCACAACCCGCCCCGAUAUGUCUAUCCCGCCUCGGACAGGUCUUUUAUCUUCAUUCCCCGAGCAAUGCGGCCUAACCAGCAGCAGCGAGUGCGUGGGAAACCUCGCUCUGUGUUUGGCUCUGUGGGUGGCUUCUCUCGAAGGACAAGCAUCUACGGUGGUGGUAGUUACUACGGCAGCGUAUACUCGCCUAGUGUUGCGAUGAGCAGGCGGUCGUCGAUUAACUUUGACAUGGGUCGCGACCAUGUCCUCUCCCCCACAGGCUCAACCAUGUCCAGGCCUCCUCUGCCCAUUGACACAGGCAGGCCCCCUGUUGUCCGGUUGCCUCCGUCUGCUCCUUCCUUUGAGCAACAAACGGUGCCUCAGGGCCAGGCACCUUACGCCAGCAACGUCGGUCCCACAGCUACAUCAUACAAUGGCGAGCAGCCUAUGCAGGGCGCAGAGGCAUCUAUCACUGAUCUCCCGCAGCCGCAGACACACCCCCUGCCUCAGAAGCCCAAUUUUCAAGAGAGCCGGUCUGCACAACUUCCGAUGCACCAGCCAAGGCCGCAGAAGACGGUUUCUGUCGAGACGAUCGAGUCGCCUACUCUGUCAGGGAACACGCCGCAAUCGUUCCAGCAGGCAUUUCACCAACAAGUCCCUGUGCAGGUCUCGAAUGUGCCCCAGGAUACACACCAUCGUCGUCCCUCCCAUCCUCCGCACGCCAGCACCGGCACGCCCCUUUCGCAGAUACCGGAGCGGGCGAUCCAUGCCGCUCCGUUCCAGCCGAAUGCUUAUCCCCAGCAAAACUACUACGGUGCUCCUCAGCCUUACAAUAUGAUGCCACCCCAGCAGGGCUACUACUAUCCUCCCCCGCAGCAGUUCGCAGGUGGCAUGCCACCCUCCGCAACCGCGCCUGCGUUUGUGCCAGGUGCUCAACAGCAGCAGCCAAUGGGUAUGCCAAACAUGGCUCAUGGUGUGCCCCAGGGCGAAGUUGCUCAGCCCAACGGACAGCAAGGUUCAAACCCCAACCUUAUCACACAAGAAGUGAACGGCACAUUCUACUUCUACGACGCUUCGCAACUUCCUGCGGUCAACAACUAUCCUCCCUACGGUGCUCAGCCAUACGUUCCUGUCGGCAUGCCAGGAAUGAUGGCGCCGAGCCCCGAUGGAUUCUACUACCCUCAAACAGCACCUGGAAUGAUGUACUACUCUCAAUGAUACGACCUGCGAUGAAUGCCUCUCGGGACAACGGCGUUUUCUCGUAUAGAGUCUCGGUACUAUAUAACCUAUUUAAUCUCGCUGUUAUCCCAGUUUUGACCGGUUCCUUUGCACUUGAUCCUCAUAAUCUCUGCGUUUCUCUGGACUGCAUUCUUUCUUUGCACAAAAAAAAAGAUUUCUCGUGCUCAAAAAUCAGUACUUGCAGAUCAUCUCAUCUCUCGGGUUUGUCUGGGUAGGAAGUUUUGUAUUUGAUGAUGGACUGUUGAAUGUGACAUCAACUGUGGUGCUCAUUCAAAUGGUAUGCGUCUUCUGGUGAAGAAUGUUCGUUUUAUGUCAACUUCUUUGGCUAUCGCCAGUGGCCCUUCGGGUACUGCAUUAUAAUGCUUGUAUCCUACAAUGUUGGCGGGGAGGACAGUUGGUGCGACGAGUUGGGUAAUGGACUUUCGUGCCAUGGCCAGGAUUGAUGGAAACCGGGGGUAUUCGCAAAAUUCAUUUUCCAAAGGAUCGGAAUUGGAUUCUGCUUGAAGCUCAGAGGGUGGUCAGCUGUGGUGGUAUCAAAUCGAGUUGGAGGACCGCCUUGUUCAAAGCAUUGGCGGCUUCCACAUCAGUUAUCAGGAUAUUCAUGUUUUAUUUGGCUCAAGGUUACACGCGUCUUCUCGGAAUUCUGAGGGUUUGCAACAUGUACCUUUGGCCUUGUGCUGGUGUUGGUUCUUGAGCGUCUUUGGUCUGCUUCAUUUGUCAACAUCGAUCCUCUCAAGGAAAGGUAAUUGGGGAUGAAACUCGAGACGGGAGGGAGCAUAUUAGGGGGCACUACAAGGAAACGGUUGGAGGUGUUUGAGGCGCUGGGUGUUACGUGUCUAUACAUUCAUAUAUUGGGUAUUGAU